AAAAAAAACAAGGUUCGGUGAGAGGCUUACGAGAAAAGUGCCACGAAAAAGAUUCGCAUGCAAUCAAGCAAAAAAAAAUAAGAAAAAUUGCAGCAUUAUUAACUUUUAAUUAUUGUUUUUAAUUGCCAAGCAGCAGCACCAACAGUUUUCUCACGCUCCAUAGGCAAGCUUAUAAAUCAAAGCAAACAACGUUGAUCCGACGCAUUUUGCGUGUCAUCAUGAGACUCAACGAAUCCACUUCAGCUUCCAGGUGUAGCAAAAGCACCUGUAGGUGCAUGUCCUACCAGCUGGUGCUUGCUCUCCUGCUGCUGCUGCCACGUUUCUGUGACGGCGUCAACAUGCAACAGUUUAUCCAAUCGCUGGACAUGAUGCGCAAUGGUUGCAUGCCCAAAUUUAAGGUUCAAGUGGAUCAAUUGGAUCGCAUACGAGAUGGCGAUUUUAGCGUAGAGCCCGAUCAAGAUUUGCUGUGCUAUACGAAAUGCAUUGCCCAGCUGGCGGGCACCCUGACCAAGAAGGGUGAGUUCAGUGUGUCCAAGGCUCAGGCUCAAAUGCCCAUCAUUUUGCCUCCUGAGCUGCAGGAACCCGCAAAGGUAGCGCUAAAUCAUUGCAAGGAUGCACAGAAAGAACACAAGGAUACAUGCGCGAAGGUCUACUACAUAAGCAAGUGCAUGGCAGACUUUGAUCGUGCCAACUUCAAAUUUCCAUAGCAACAAAAAAAAAUUCUAACGAAAAGGAGUACAAACAUUAUUAGAUACUUGGGUUCUACUUACUCUGUCGUUUCUCCUUGCCCUGUGAAAAGAGAAAAUAGGUGUGUUUUCGUAAAUAUGUUCUUCCUGUUGCAUUGUUUAUAUCAAAUACACGGAUAAUAAAUGAUUAGCCAACCUG